CCAAUGUCCCCACGAACUGUAAUAUAUUUAAGAAAUAAUAAUAUUAAUAAAAAAAAGUAGUGCUUCAAGUAGCUCUAAAUGCAUGCUUGGGCAGCUCUAUAAAUACAGGAUCAUCUCAGGGUAGAGAUACUUGCAUUCCAAGUUGGACUUCCAAGAGUUUCAACCUUCAUCUAAGCCCAUUUCUUUCUUAAGAACUCUGUUUCUGACUCUCCACUCUCUAUGGCUCCAGUACCUAUUUCUCCAAUCAAGGUAGGGCACAUUGAUGAUGUGCAAGAACUCAGAAAGUUUAAGCCUAACAUUAUUCCCGAGAGAUUUAUCAGGGACAUACAAGAGAGACCAACACCAGCAACACCUUUAAUCUCAUCCUCUGACAUUCCCACUAUUGAUUUAUCCAAGCUUCUAAAGGGAAACAAAGAUGAAAUUCUGCAGCUAACCACUGCCUGCGAGGAAUGGGGAUUUUUUCAGGUAAUCAAUCACGGAAUCGCUCUGAACCUACUAGAAAAUAUAGAAGGGCAGGCAAUGGAAUUCUUCAGGCUACCUUUGGAAGAGAAACAAAAGUACGCAAUGGUACCAGGGACAGUUCAAGGAUAUGGGCAAGCAUUUGUGUUCUCAGAGCACCAAAAACUGGAUUGGUGUAACAUGUUUGCUCUAGGAGUUAUACCCGACUUUCUAAGGAACCCUCUAUUCUGGCCAAAGAAGCCAGCUAACUUCAGCAAUACUGUGGAGAUCUACUCAAAAGAAGUAAGAAAGCUUUGCAAGAAUCUAUUGAAGUACAUAGCUUUAGGCCUUGGUCUAAAAGAGGACCUAUUUGAAGAAGCGUUUGGGGUGGCCGUACAGGCAAUAAGGAUGAACUACUAUCCACCGUGUUCGAGACCUGAUCUUGUUUUGGGGCUGAGUCCACACUCCGAUGGAAGUGCUUUAACUGUUUUGCAGCAAGGAAAGGGCAGCUCAGUAGGGCUCCAGAUCCUUAAAGAUGGCAAGUGGGUUCCUGUCCAACCCAUCCCAAAUGCACUUGUGAUCAACAUUGGCGAUACAAUGGAGGUUGUUACAAAUGGCAGGUACAAAUCCGUAGAGCACAGAGCUGUGACUCACAAACACACUGACCGACUUUCCAUCGUCACAUUUUAUGCUCCUAGCUAUGACAUAGAGCUUGGUCCAAUGCCAGAAUUCGUAGACAAAAACAAUCCAUGCAGGUAUAGAAGAUACAAUCAUGGAGAAUACAGUAAGCACUAUGUAACAAACAAGUUACAGGGAAAGAGAACACUGGAGUUUGCCAAGAUUAUUCCAACCAAAAACUCCUGCUAAAGCAUCCACUAACUUUCCCACUAAGGGAUACCAAUGCCAGACACACUUUAUAGAAUUUAGCACAGCGGUACUGCGGCGUUGGCAAUAUGGGGAAAAAAAUAUCGGUUAACAUGCAUAAUGUACAUCAUGUCUUUAAUUAUUGCUCAAUUUAAAUGGAUUGAUUGUCACAGUAAACUCUUACCUAGUUAAGUUUCGUAAAUUUUGACAAUUGGGUUUAUGGGGCCUCUAAGAUUUGACGCUUCUCUUGUCAAGUCAUGUUUGUCUUUGGGGAUUUCAAUCAAAUAGCAGCUGUACUUGGAAGAAAACAAGAGUGACACAACGAAAAUGUCCCUUUUCAACUA